AUGCCUGUCAGCGACAAUAUCUCGUUCGAGACAAGAAUAACAUUCAGGUCGUACUUGUCCUCGUUUUCCGGCUUCCAGCCCUGCAAUAUCAGCGUCACUUCGGUGAGUCCCCUGGUGAUUCUAACAAAACUGCCUGUGCUCCAGCCCGUUAUAGACAAUAUCUGCGGCGAAACGUACACGAUGGCCGACUGUUUCAGUUCUGUUUGCGAAGGCCUCAAAAUAAACUCGGUGGGAAGCUUUGGGAGCUUCGCUUUGGGCGAUUCCCCGUCAGAACCGCUCUUCUUGGUAGAAGAAGCCUUAGGAGCCAUGUUAGAUAAAUUUUUUAUAGCACAGCCCAAAUAUUAUCUUAAAUUUUCAAUGUUCCGAAGGGCCUACAACAGUCUUGUUCCGUCGUUUGUGACGGAACGACAUCAACCCAGAUUGCCGCUGAAAACGAAGUUUGCAACUGAUAUGGCAUUCAGGCGAGUUGCUGAGUCGAGAAUCAACAUUUUGCGCCAAAUAAUACCCCAACAGUACAUGCUUGACAAUCACUUACUAUAUCGAGCCAGCUAUUUCUCUGAGAACGACCCGUUAAAAACACGGUUUUCUGACAAAUGGGGAGCCGACGUGCGGAUGGAUCUUCAGAGCGUGGAGACACUGGGACGCGCGUUGUUGAAAAAACAAAUACAUGUAUAUUUAUUCCAGCAGGCCAUGAAGUCGGGCAUCGACGCGAACGACUAUCUGAGCCAGCCAUCCAAAGAAACACGCAACAUGCACUCGAUGCUUUUCCGCAAACGAUUUAUAGACCAAUUUCUACGGGAUCUCGAGGUCGAUUUCAAAUUAGAUAGAGUGGAGGCAGAAGACCGCAUAAUCAAGCUGGAGCAGUCCACAAGAGCAAAGCUGCUAUUCUACUUAAUUGCGUUUGUGCACUACCAGCACGGGCCGGCCAAGUGCCGCGAGUUUGUGGACGAGUUUGUGAUCCUGGGCCGAUUGACCGAGAACUAUUCACAUAAAGGACUGUUGGAGCUGUCUUCCGAGUUCAAACCAAAGUUCUCGUAUUAG